UAGUCAUGAUUUGAUACCAUAUUUAAGUAAUGACUAUAAGAACAAUAGCAGUUAGCGUGCUGGUUAAAUGAAGUCUGAGGAGUGAAAAUGGUUUGUGACGGCGUUGUGUGUGUUCCUAAUGAACAAAGCAUUUGUGUUAGAGAGCGCGCCAAUACAAUAGAAUAGUGGCGGGCGUCUUGUGAUCCGAACGGUGGCAGAGAAGACGGUCCAAUAGUCAACAGGUGACGUAAAACGUUCUAUCGAAUAGCAGACGAGCGCGUUCGAGACGCCCAAUCAGCGCAGGGCGGCGUUAUGGCUUAAAAAGGCCGCGUUCGCGCGCACAGUUUAUUCUGUUUUUCUAACCGCGAAGUGCAGAGUUUGACGCUAUGGCAAGAACCAAGCAGACCGCCCGUAAGUCCACCGGUGGCAAGGCGCCAAGGAAGCAGCUCGCCACUAAGGCUGCCCGCAAGAGUGCGCCGGCUACUGGCGGUGUGAAGAAGCCUCAUCGUUACAGGCCCGGCACCGUGGCUCUGAGGGAGAUCCGUCGUUAUCAGAAGUCUACUGAGCUGCUCAUCCGCAAGCUGCCCUUCCAGCGCCUGGUGAGAGAAAUCGCUCAGGACUUCAAGACCGACUUGCGUUUCCAGAGCUCGGCCGUCAUGGCCCUGCAGGAAGCGAGCGAGGCAUAUCUGGUCGGUCUGUUCGAGGACACCAACCUGUGCGCUAUCCAUGCCAAGAGAGUGACCAUCAUGCCCAAGGAUAUUCAGCUGGCCCGCCGUAUUCGCGGAGAACGCGCUUAAACCACAACUCCGUCUAAUAUACACAAAGGCUCUUUUAAGAGCCACUUCACCGUCUCAGAAAACGGAAAAUUUUCUUUAUUCGGCAGUCUCAAUAUUAGAACGUGGUACAGAGAUAAAAUGACACUUUUAUUUAUAUAUAUGUGUGUGUGUAUGUACAAGGUUUUAUAUUAAAUAUAGUGCUAUGAAUAUUAAUGUGUGUUUAUAUAGAUGAGCCGUUAAUUGUGGUUAUGUCCGAACAACACAAUGCACAGUAAUGAGCUGUGUCUGUAAAAUAGCCCAAACCUACCUUCAGUUUCAGGCGGCGUUGUGUGUUGCGCUAGAUGGAGCUUGACUGCCCUCGUGUGGCCAAACUCGGGAACGGCGAUUUUCUAGAAGCGGAUUUCUGGGCAAGAACUGUUGCAUGAUAUUAUUAUUAUUAAUCUCUCUCUUCCCUUUUGUCCCGUCCAUGAUAAUUAUUGUUGUUAUUUAACAAUUGUAGACAUGAGCUCAUGUUAAAAUGAAUAAAUAGGGAAUAAAAUGGUAAUAACCAUAUAUAUUCUCGAGCGAAAUAGACGAGGCCACCUAGGGAACACAUGAAGUUAUGUAGGAGCAGUGAUGAGAAUGAAAUGACUAAUAAUAUUAAGAAAGACAUUAAUAAUGUUAAUAUUAGCAAUUAAUUUGUGUAAUUUAUUAUGAUAACUAUACUGCUAUGUACAUGAUAUAAUGUUGAUAUGUUUUAAAUGUGUGUUGUGUUCUGUCCUUAUACCGUGUCUAGGUCAGUCUCCCUGGCGUGCGCGCACAGACAUAUAGUCAAAUCCGAGCAGCGAGCCAUAAGAUCUGUUAUGACGUCACGUUCAGAGUUCUAUAAGUUUCCUGAUGGUAUGCUUGACGGUUGUUCCCUUUAUGACGCCGCGAAUGUCGAGGUUUUUAAACGUUGUGGUAUCUGAGCUGGCCUCUGUAUUCAUUUGAACGGAGUAGUGUUUAAUCAUUGGUCUAUCUAACCUUUUCAUGUGCUUAGUUUCUUUGUUUGUUCAUCUGUCGUGUUUAAGAAUGGACACUGAAAUAAUAUAUCCAGAUAUCUGUACAGCUGCUUUGUGACAAUGUAAACUUUAAAAAAAAAACCAACAUUUCAAUGUCUAGAGAAGAGGGUGCGUUCUUUAAAAAAUAAAUCAUAAUGAUGAUGCUGUGAAACAGUUCAGAAGCUCCGUGUAUUGUCCUUGAUACGUGAAAACUAGACAAUGCACAGUAAUAACGCUGAUGAGCUGCGUCAGUGUAAAAUAGCCCAAACCUACCUUCUGUUUCAGGCGGCGUUGUGCUGGAUGGAGCUUGACUGCCCUCGUGUGUCCAAACUCAGGAACGGCAGUUUCCCUGAAGCGGUAUUCUGUUCCAAGUUUGUGGUAGUUAGCCAAGAAAUAUUACAUGAUUACCAUUACUCUCUCUCUCCCCUUUUUAAAACCUGUUCACGAUAAUUAUUGUAUACAUUACCUUUAUUUUUGUAAUCUUCUCCCAUAUUUGUGGAUAUUCUCGAGUGAAAUAGACGAGGCCAUGUAGGGAACACAUGAAGUUACCUAGGAGCAGAGUCUAAAAUAUCUUUUUGAGGGACCUCAAACUAUUAUCAUUUGCUAUACUAUUGAUCAUUACAUUACGUACAUCUUAUUCGUAUAUGGAAAGUACUUAAUGAAGAUAAUAUACUUUAGAUUUUUUUAUGUAACCAUUUAAGUAUUUGUUGAAAUGCUUUUGUUACUGAUAAAUACAUGUACAUUUAAAUUGAUUUUGUUCUGUCUGUGAUUUUGUAGAUCUGGAUGUUCAGCUGGUCUCAGAUCAAGCAUCCUCCUCUGUAUUGACUCCACUAUCCCCAGCUUCAUCCCAUUCAUCAGAUUCCACAAUUGUCCUGGAGUCCAGAAGAAAGAGAAGGAACCCAACAGUUAAUGGAGCAGAAUGAAGCAAGACAGAAAGUUGAUUGUGUUCUGAGGGUCAAUCCAAAGGGUGAGGAAAUCUUCAAGGAGUAUGAAAAGACCAAAACACUAACAUGUCUGCAACCAGGACGUUCACCAUCUGUUUACGUGUGGCAUAUGUUAGAGCUACAUGGGAGGAUUCCAUGGUCAAGUGUGAGGACCAAUUAUGCACUGGGAAUUGUGACUCUUUUUCCAUACCUCCAAGAUCCUUUCUCCAAACAUGGAUAUGAACACUACUAUGAUCCUUUAGGGUAAUACUGGCUUCAUUGCAUGGAGGAUCAAGACAGUUCAACAUAACACCUGUGCUGGCUCCCGGUGUCAUUCCAAGACUGUUCUUCAGGAUGGUCCAAAAAACAGACAAGAAUCUCUGUUAACUUGUCAACAGCGAUUUGGUGAGGAGUGCAGGGAGGCGAUAUCUACAAUACGAUAUUCCACUGAUGAGAAGAUGAGCGACUUUCCAGUAUUGACAGAAGAUGGUGGGUGAGGAUGCAUCAUCUUCUGUCCUGGAUUUGUUCACUUGUUUCCUUGCUGUAUCUGGAUUGAUCGACCACGAUUUCUCCAUGAUGUUUGGUGACGAAGUGUCUCAGAAGUUCCUGGCAAAGUGGUCAACAUUCUUCAAGCCAAAAAUCAUUGCAGACUGCAAGACCCUUAAGAAUAUGGGCGAGCUGCUGUCAGGAACUGAACCUGAAUCUGAGGACUACAAUGGAUGGGACAGCGAUAUGUCCUCAAUCCUUUUGCAGCUGCAUCUGCUCCCUCUAACCUCAAGAGGCCAGAAAAAAAAUAUCCAAGAUCAGUUCAGCUCAAGCAACCAGCCAUCUUGUGAGCUACCUUAAGGAAGGAGCCAGUGUGACUACCUUCAUUGAGAGUGCUGACACAAGACAACCAUUUCUCCUCUGCAUCGGUGAGCGAAAGAAGGAUAUCCAAAAGUUCUACAUUAUUAUCGACCAAAAGGCGAUCCCAUGUAAGGCGCACACAUCAGUGGCAGCUUUUGAUGAACUGUUCAAAGCUCACUAUGUCUUCAGUUUCUGAUAUGAUGAAGCUCUUUGUGAUUUCUACACAUUUAUCCAAACCACUAUAUAUAACAUCGAUGUCGGAAGAGCAAUGGAGAGCCUGUGUGUUAAAGAACUUUGAGCAUGAUUGCUGCAGCGAGAUUAACUGCCUUGAAGAUGUUCACAUGUUUUGUAUGUAAAGCACACCUCAGAACUUGUUUGGUUCUUCGUCAACAUUUAAAAUUUCAACAUGGUUUAUAUCCUAGCAAAAAGUUACAUUUAAAAUGUGGAGAGCCAGGUCGCCUGUUAUCAUUUUGUACUUAUAGUGGCUUCCGAAAACACCUCAGCAAGGUACAUAGUCACACUAUGGAUCAGGAGUUUGAUACUAAUCAGGAUCUUUCCACUCAGGGAGAAUAUGAGGCGGAAUGUUCAAAUGAUCGCCCAAGUUUACAAAGUUGGAGUUUACAAAGACAUUAAUGAUGGGUCGUGUUUCCAAAACCAUGCACUGUUCUCACAGCAAAAGCACGCUUUUCAGAUUCUAUUCUAUUACAACGAUUUUGAAACUGCUAACCCUCUAGGUUCCAAGAGGGGGAUCCACAAACUUGGUUGAAUCUAUUUUACUCUAAAAAAUCUUCCACGCAAGUGUAACUCUGUACUGAUUAAUGUACAUCUUGCAGCUUGAUUCUACACGGAAGAUCUUAAGACAUAUGGUUUUGAUGUGAUAAUAAAGCCCCUUAUUGAUGACCUGAAAAUCUAAGAAACCGAAGGCAUACAGCUUCCUUGUUUUGAACAACCAUUGUUUGGCUCAGUAAUUCAAGUAACAGGAAAUAAUUUGGCUUUAAAUGGCUUGCUGGGAAUCUUACAGUGCAACUAAUUUCUGUAGGCUUUGUUUAAUUAGUAAGGAAGAAGUUCAAUCUAUAUUUACUGGAGAUCAUCCUGGGUUAAUUUUUCGUUCCAAAGAGGUUCAUACUGAACAUUGUAAGGCACUAAAUGAAAAUCCUGAACUGCGGUCAAUAUAUGGUGUCAAAAAGUCAUGUGCGCUCAAUUCAUUAGAGUAUUUCCAUUGUACUGAUAACUAUGCUGUUGACAUCAUGCAUGAUCUGCUAGAGGGUGUGGUACAGUAUGAACUUAAACUGGUUUUUGAGUACCUUGUUAAACAGGGUGCACAGCUUUAAUUAUGGUUACACAGACCGUAAAAACAAACCAAGUGGGUUAAAAAUGGAUGAUAAGGGCAAACACCUGGGUUUGAAUGCCAUACAGUCAUGGUGUCUUCUGCACAACACUCCACUGAUAUUUGGUGGUCAUUGAAAGGAAUAACAAUCACUGGAACUUUCUCCUGCUUUUGAUACAGAUUGUCAAUAUAGUGUUCUCCUACACCAUAACUGAUGGGAUGAUAUGUUACUUAAAACAUCUGAUCUGUGAUCACCAUACUCUAUUCAAAGAAUUGAUUCCUGACAAGACGUCGAUUCCCAAGCACCACUUGAUGAUGCACUAUCUGAGAUGCAUAAAAAAAAAUGGCCCUCUUAUCCAUAUGUGGUGAAUGCGAUUUGAAGCUAAGCACCAUAUUUUCAAAAGAUGUGGCAAAAAUUUAAAGAAUCUCAUUAAAUCAUUAGUAAAGCAACAUCAACGUCAAUUGGCAUUUAACUGUGAAAAUGAUUGUUUUAGAAGGUUUUAAUUUGGUCCUACAUCAAAAACCAUCUGUAACUUGCAAGGUGGGGAAGAACUCAGUCAGACAUUAUAUUUAGAAGCCUGUUUGAGUGUUACAAGUACAAAGUGGGUCAGACAUUAUGGUACUGAGUAUCAGGUUGGUGUGUUCAUAUGCACUGGAUGUACUCAUUAAUAACGAAUAAUAAACAUUUCUAUAUGUUGAUAGAAAUAUAAAGCAUUUAUAUAUAUAUGUAUGUGUGUGUGUCCCCUUCUCUUAUCUAAAUAUUCAAACAGCCCAAGAAAUAAAAUUAGCUAUUUUCUGAGACGAUGAAGUGACUCUUAAAAGAGCCUUUGUGUAUAUUAGACGGAGUUGUCGUUUAAGUGCAUUCUCCGCGAAUACGGCAGGCCAGCUGAAUAUCUUUGAGAGUGAUGGAGAAAUGUGAAAAGCUAGCACUGUAGCUACGUGUUUCGCAACCAUGAGCUGUAUUUCAACGCUUUUUGGCCACAGCAUGCUGCCUCACAAACGUCCCAAUUCAUGCCCCCCUUUUCCACAGUCGUUGUGUAUAUCCAGGUAAGGAUAAAAGUUACAUUUCCAUCCAUCCAUCUUCUAUACCGCGUAAUCCUUCUCAGGGUCACGGGUAAAAGCUACAUUUUCCAAAGAAAUUUAACUCGCU